AUGGCUUCACACCCACAGUUUGGUAACCUCUGGUGUAGUGGGAGUAGUGUAGAUAGUGGUAUGGUUCUAGUGUGGACUGCAGCUCAUAGUGUAACUGAUGAUGUAGUCACAAGCAUAGGCUCUGAGCUCCUUCUCAAAGACAAACCCAGGUAUUUUCAUAAUCCAGAGAGAAAUUUAGGGUACCUUUUAAGAACAGAAACACCCUAUGAGCUGCAGGACUGUAUCAGGCACCUCUCAAUCCCAAAUCUCAUUAAUCAUGACAUAAAAACCUGUCACCCACCAAAUUCUCUGAAGUCUAACGGCCAUGAAGAGGAAGGUGCUAAACCUUUUCUGGCUAAUAAAGGCUGGUUUGAAAGGUUUAAGAGGCGCCUUAAUUUACACAACAUAAAUAUGACCGGUGAAGCUGCCAGUGCUGAUACAGAUUCUGCUCAUAAAUAUCCUGCCGAGCUGAAAAAAAUUAUUGAUGAAGGAGGUUACACACCAGAACAAGUGUACAAUGUUGUUGAAACUGGGCUUUUCUGGAAGCGCAUGCCUGCUAGAACUUUUAUUUCCAUUGAAGAAAAAUCAGCACCGGGCUUUAAAGCAUCCAAAGAUCAUCUAACACUUCUUGUGGGAGGCAAUGCUUCAGAAAGAUAUAAUGCCAGGCGUAACAUAUCUAAUAAAGCAUUGCUCCUCUUAGACAAUGCACCAAGCCACCCAGUAAAUUUAAAUGAUCUUUCUGAUAAUGUUAGAGUGGAGUACAUCCCCAAGAACACAACUUCCUUGCUCCAGCCAAUGGAUCAAGGUGUGAUAGCUAACUUUAAGGAAUAUUAUCUAAGAACAACUUUUUUGCAGCUCAUAAAAUCAAUUGAUGGGGAGGAUAAACCCACAAUUAGGGACUUCUGGAAGAAGUUCAACAUCUUGAAUGCUGUGGAUAAUAUAGCCGAGUCAUGGGAUGAAGUGAAAACCUCAGCUAUGAAUGGUUCAUGGAAAAGCAUAUGGCCAGAGUGUGUCCAUGAAUUUAAAGGUUUUUCACAAGCUGAAAGUCUACAGCAAGUUCAAUAA